AUGAGCGAAUACUGGGUAUCCAAAAAGAAAUACUUCUGCAAAUACUGCGACAUCUUCAUUGCGGACGAUGCACCGUCUAGACAACAGCACGAGAAUGGCCUACGGCAUAAGGGAAAUGUCGAGCGUUUCAUUCGAGGCAUAUACAAGACUGGAGAGAAGCAGAAGAAGGAUCUCGAGGAGGAGAUGAGGGAGAUGAGACGUGUUGAACAGGCUGCCGCCGUUGCAUUCUCCCAGGAUGUCGGCGCAGGUUUGGCAAAAGCACGCUCAGGGCCAGUUGCGUCGACCUCGGCGUCCACUUCAGCGAAAAAGCCACUCAAGUCAUCCAACCCUUUCGCUGACUACAGUACAGCCGCUUCGCUUGGAUACACAGACCCCGAUGCCGAAAGGAUCGCUGCCGAACUCGAAAUUCGACGCUCACAGGGUGUUGCCGGCGAAUGGCAAAUUCUGACGCCGCCACCCCCUGCAGGUGCACCGUGGUCAGAAACCCCGGAGUCAUCUUCGGAAGCCACAAGUGAUAUCGGUGUGAAGAGGGAGGCUGAGGCACCUCCUGAAGAUGACGCUCGUUCGUUCAAGCUUCGUAAACGGACGAUAAAUACGGGUCUUGGUGAGAUAUAUGACCCCGGAGUCAUCAAAGUGAAGGAGGUACCGAAAGAGGAACGCGUGGAAUCUAAACCUCCGCCUGCUCCCUCAUCCUCGACUGUUCCGAUUGGCGACGCUCAACAUCAAUUCACCGCUAUUCAACUAAAGAAGGCGAAAGGCACAAGUACGAGUGAGGAAAAGAAGGAAGAAACGGACUCUGGAGGAUCGAAAUGGACUAAACCACAGUGGAGCGAGCCUCUACCCAGCUUGAAGCAGGAGGACCGGAUGACGAUAUUUGGGAAUGCAGAACCUGAAGUCAAAGUAGAGACGCAGGAGAAAGUGAAAGCUGAAGAAGUUAUCCUAUCUCCAGUCCUGCCUGUGGAACAGCCAGCGACCUCCGUCAUGUUUAAAAAACGGAAAGCGCCAGUGGGUGCCAGAGGUCGUAGGGAGGUAUGA